GUGCUUUCGCGCGGUGUAUUCAGAUAUACACGCAACGUUACUUAGUGUAUGGAUUCACUCCAAGUACAAUUUCCUAACAAUCCUACAGAUGUGCACGGGGAUUGUAGAAACCAUACUAUGACCCCAAUUUGCACAGGGACAUCUGUUAUUGGGAUUAAAUAUAGAGAUGGAGUUGUUCUAGCUGCUGAUAUGUUAGUUUCAUAUGGCUCCCUAGCCAAAUAUAUGGAUUUCGAACGCAUGUUUAAGGUAAAUCAGAGCACAAUUAUGUGCUGUAGUGGUGAUAUGGCUGACUUUCAAUUUCUCAAACAUCACAUUGAAGAGCUGACACAUCAAGACAGUCUACUUUCCGACGGCUUUAGGCUGAGCCCUCAUGCUCUCCAUAGCUGGAUUACACGUGUACUAUAUAACCGUCGAAGUCGUUUGCAGCCACUGUGGAACACCUAUUUGGUCGGAGGUUUGGAAGCAAAUGGCGAGCCCUUCAUUGGGUAUUGUAGUAUGCUUGGUGUUUCAUUCACCGAAAAUUAUGUUGCGACUGGCUUCGGUGCAUACCUUGCAAUGCCUAUUCUAAGAGAAUGUUUGGAAAUAAAAGCUGGGGGUGAUCCAAACAAUAUAACGGAAGAAGAUGCUAUCUCAACAAUAACAAGUGCAAUGAAGCAAUUAUACUUUCGAGAUUGCCGUGCAUUCGAUACGUAUCAAAUGGCUGUCGUCAAUAAAGAAGGAAUACAAAUAAGUGGCCCAUUACGCCUGAAAUGUGAUUGGUCUAUUGCUGAAUAUGUAAAGGGAUAUGAUUAAAAGAUAUUUUGUUUUAAAGCUUCUUUUUAUGGGAAAUAAAUUUUUUGAUAGG